CAUAAUUCCCAUAAGCUAUCUUUAUACCAAUAUUAUCAAUCAAACCCAAAAAAACCCAAUAAGCUGUGAGGUGCCUGAGGAGCUCCAUCAUGGCCACCUCUCUCUCUACACCUAAGCUCACCUCCUUCUCUUCCUCCCCAACACUCCAAAACCUACUCUUCUCCAAAAACCUCCCAACCCCUCUCUCUCUGCGCAGAACCCUAACCUCUCUCUCCCACCUCCACCGUACCUCUAUCUCUCCCCUCCACCACCACAGCCGCCGCCGCGGCUUCUCCGUUCGCGCCGAUUCCGGAAAUGGCGCCGACUCCGGCCGCCACUACGAUUACGACCUCUUCACCAUCGGUGCCGGCAGUGGCGGCGUCCGCGCCUCCCGCUUUGCCGCGAAUUUCGGUGCCUCGGUUGCCAUCUGCGAGCUCCCUUUCGCCACCAUCGCUUCCGAUACCGCUGGCGGCGUCGGCGGCACGUGCGUGCUUCGGGGAUGUGUACCCAAGAAACUACUGGUUUACGCGUCACAAUUUGCUCAUGAGUUUGAAGAGAGUAAUGGGUUUGGAUGGAGAUAUGAGACUGAGCCAAAGCAUGAUUGGAGCACAUUAAUGGCUAAUAAGAAUGCUGAAUUGCAACGCCUCACUGGGAUCUACAAAAAUGUUCUUAAAAAUGCUGGUGUCGCUUUAAUCGAAGGUCGUGGAAAGAUAGUGGACCCACACACGGUUGAUGUAGAUGGGAAGCUAUAUUCUGCGAGACAUAUAAUAGUUUCAGUUGGGGGGCGACCCUUCAUUCCUGAAAUUCCUGGAAUUGAAUAUGCAAUAGAUUCUGAUGCUGCCCUUGAUUUGCCUUCGAAGCCUAAGAAAAUAGCAAUAGUUGGUGGUGGGUACAUUGCCGUGGAAUUUGCUGGCAUCUUCAAUGGUUUGUCGAGUGAUGUCCAUGUGUUUAUAAGGCAAAAGAAAGUUUUGAGGGGUUUUGAUGAAGAGGUUAGAGAUUUUGUUCAAGAACAUAUGUCUUUGCGAGGAAUUGAGUUCCAUGCAGAGGAGUCCCCUCAGGCUAUCGUUAAGUCAGCUGACGGUUCGUUGUCUCUGAAGACCAACAAAGGAACACUUGAAGGGUUUUCACACAUUAUGUUUGCGACAGGACGUAGACCUAAUACAAAGAAUUUAGGAUUGGAGGAAGUAGGCGUAAAACUGAGCAAGACUGGAGCAAUAGAGGUUGAUGAAUUUUCUCGUACAUCAGUUCCUUCAGUCUGGGCUGUAGGAGAUGUUACAGACAGAGUGAACCUGACUCCAGUUGCUUUGAUGGAGGGAGGGGCAUUAGCCAAAACACUUUUUCUGAAUGAGCCAACAAAACCUGAUUACAGAGCUGUUCCUUCUGCUGUGUUUUCCCAGCCACCAAUUGGGCAAGUUGGUCUUACUGAAGAACAGGCUAUCGAACAAUAUGGUGAUGUUGAUAUCUACACGUCAAACUUCAGGCCUUUAAAGGCUACUCUCUCAGGGUUGCCAGAUCGAGUGUUCAUGAAACUUUUAGUCUGUGCAAAGACAAACAAAGUUCUGGGGUUGCACAUGUGUGGGGAAGAUUCUGCAGAAAUUGUGCAGGGAUUUGCAGUAGUUGUGAAAGCUGGCUUGACAAAGGCAGACUUAGAUGCCACAAUUGGUAUUCACCCAACGGCCGCUGAAGAGUUCGUCACAAUGAGGACUCCCACUCGGAAGAUUCGGAAAAACCCUCCAUCUCAGGGGAAGACAGAUUCUGAUGUUACGGCUGCCGCUGGUGUUUGAUCGUGGUUGACCAAUCUGCUGCACGACAUGGCUCCUGAAGUUUGUACAUGAAAAUCCUUUUGAAACAGGUACUGGAAAACACAGCAUCAGACAUAGAAGAGUUGAGGUUCUGGAGAGCAUGGAUGGUGCAAGCCUCUCGAGGCCAGCGAGGAACUUGAGCAAAAGCAGGUCGUCAAAAGUCCUUUUACUAUAAUUAGGUAGAGUUGGUUUCCGCUUCAGUAAUUGCAGUUGAGUUGCUGUAUGAGCUAUGCUCUGGCUCCAACAUAUUUUUGACGUUAGCAUCGAUGGAUAAAUGCGUAUUUGCUUUUCUUGAGCUUCUCUGUACAACAUAUUAUAUAUACACUAUAACAGAGCACGAUGCUCAAAUAAAUGUGUACAGAUUUCUGAUUUUUAAA